GGUGCUGAAUCCUGUCGCGACUGCAGGAGUGAAGUGGCGGACCCGAGACAUUGCUCCGCAAAUCUCCGACUUUAAUUCGCUGUUAUUUCAUCCAGCGAUUUUCGACCAUCUUUAUCGAAAACUGACAUUAUGAUGUUUUAGCAAAGGUGUGCAAUGGAUUAGUAAAGAGUAGCCUAAUGGAUUCACCGUGUUCCAUCUUCGCUGUGUUGUAUCUUUCCCAGUGUCUUUCAACUACCUUCGCUGACAGCAAAUAUGGUUGCCUGUUCGAGGAUGAGCUCUGUACACGUUACGAGUUCUGCGCUAAUGACGGAGUGUUUGGAAGAUGCCUGGAGUUACCCGGUGCGGACCUGUACACCUACGAUGCGUCAGCCUCUGCUCUACAGCGCCUCAGGACUCUCCUACAGAACUUGGCCCACAAAGGGUUGACAUGGCAGGAUGCCACCACCCAGCAUGUGAUCUCCAGAGAGCUGUCCAAGCUACACAAGGUUCCCAUCCGAAGGCCAGAUCCCCGCUCUGCCUCCCUGACACGCUAUGGUGGAGACAGGAAGCUGAAGACGGGGGAGGUGAAACUUAGCAGGAGUAUCCAGAAGUACCUUCAAGAGCUGGGUCUCCUUCCCCAGUCUGUUGGCACUGCUCGCCAGGGGCUCCAGCGAGAGGGGCCCCUCACUCAGAAUGAAGACUUACAACCAAAGAAGGGGAAGUCUACAUUCUACAAUCUGCAGUCUGCAGGUCCACCCCAGGGGGAUAAGGUCUUCACCCAGGGGGCUGUAGGGAGCUGGAGAUCCCCAGUGGAGACAGCCUACUCCAGCCAGGAGCCAGGGAGGGCCAGGGGGAGUGCCACGGGGCUGGCUGCCCAGCUUGAGCGCUACAUGGCUGGAGCAGCACACACCCAGAGCCGCCCAGUACUAGGAGCAGUGGUGGGAUCAGUGGUGGAACCCAAGGGGAAGCUCUACUCUGUCAGCUAUGUAUGCCCUGGUGGUCAGGUAGAACCUCAGACACGACUUGGUGGCAGUGGCUCCAAACCUCCAAGGCCCAACAUAGACAGGCUUCUUUUCAAGGCUGCGUCCAACCAUCAGGUGCCCAAGGAGCAGCUCAGUACGGUGGAUGAGCGGUUCAUCCUGAAAGUGGUCAACCAGCUGGGGAGGCAGAGAGUGAACAUGGACGAUCUGAUGGGUAAAGACCUGAACCAGCUGGCAGACAUAAUCUCUGGUGCCCUGCAAGUGGUGGAUGAGGAGGGGCCCGAGGCCAGAGCCAAGCCCAGGCUCGUGGGACACAUACGGGACAGGCAGAUGAAGAGAGAGCCCCUGCAUUCCAUGGACCAGGAUGAGGAGGACCAAGAGGACUUGUUGGAGCAAGAUGCUAUGCUUCAAGGGAAACAAAUGGUGGAUGCAGACUCUGAGCCAAAUGACAAGGACCCAAUCUUAGUUAGUAAGCUCUUGGAGUACCUCAACAUGGACCCCUUCAGUGAUGCCCCUGAUGCCCAGCUGGAGGUUGGUGAUGCUGGUGGUGCUGCAGGCAACCCCUCCAUUGAGGGCCAGAGAACAGUGGGUCUGGAGAACGUAAGGAGCAGGACCACACAGGGCCAAGUGCCUGUACCACACCCCUGGGAGGAGAGGAGCAUGACCAUGGGAGGAGAGGAUGGAGCUCCAGACCAGCCAGAUGAUGGAACCUCAGACCAACCGGCGGAUGUCCAGGGUUCUGACUCCCUGGUAGACUCUGAGGUGGAGAGGUGGAUGUACGGUACGGAAGCUCCUUCUCCUCCGGCGGCUGAGACGGACCUCCUGGCAGAAGAACCACAGGAGAGAAAUCUCCUAGCAGAACCACAGAAGAAGGACAUGCGACUCCAGGAGGAAGUGGUACAUAUGGGAGUCAAAGCUUACUCAAAGUCACCGCAAGGGAAAGACCACCACAGCGACAUUGGCUACAUCAUUACAGACACAGACUCCCUCACCUCUGACCAGGGCUUGGACCUGAUGGAACGUCUGGGUCGGAGGGUCAACCUCCACUUGACCGACCUUCUCCACCUCUCAGUGCUGGGUCCAGCUGUAACCUUCAGGGUGGGCACCAACCCUCACAAUGUCAGCACUGCCGAUGUGGCUCACGUUGCAGUUCAGCAGAAGAAGCAGCUGGAGAAGGAGACAGGUGUGAAGAUCCUGGAGGCUGGAGUCAGCGAUAAGGGAAGCUUGAGGCAGAUCCCGGUGGUCACGGAGAGUCGUCUGGAGUCUGGUCAGUUCCUGGUCUUGACCGUCAUCUUCAUGGUCCUGAUCAUGGGGGCGCUGGCAGCAUCUGGCUGGCUCUUCUGCCUGCGCCACCGCUCCCACCUCCAAAUGAAGGAGAAACUAGCCAGCCUGGGGACUGACACCAGUGCUGAUGCAACUUCAACCUAUCAGGAGUUGUGUCGCCAGCGGAUGGCUGUGCGGACAUCAGAGCGCCCGGAGCCUCUACGGCACCACUCGCGGCUGAACAGCGCGUCGUCUCAGUUCAGCGAUGGGGGGCCCAUGGCCAGCCCCUCUGCCCGUAGCUCCACCUCAUCCUGGUGCGAGGAGCCUGUCCUGACCAACAUGGACAUCUCCACCGGACACAUGAUACUGUCGUACAUGGAGGACCACUUGAAGAACAAGAACCGUCUGGAGAAGGAGUGGGAGGCGAUGUGUGGCUACCUGGCUGAGCCCGGCGCCUGUAACGUGGGCCAGGACAAACACAACACCAAGAGGAACCUCACCGACGCCGUGGUCGUCUAUGAUCAUUCCAGAAUAACCUUGAAGGCCGAGAAUAACCAUGGCAACUCCGAUUACAUCAAUGCUAGCCCAAUUAUGGACCAUGACCCGAGGAACCCCAUGUACAUCUCUUCACAAGGCCCUCUACCCUCCACCGUGGCUGACUUCUGGCAGAUGGUGUGGGAGAAUGGCUGUGUGGUCAUCGUCAUGCUAACGCCCCUGUCGGAAAAUGGAGUCAAACAGUGUCAACAGUACUGGCCGGACGAGAGCUUCAAUGUCUACCAUGUUUAUGAGGUGAACCUGGUAUCAGAACACAUCUGGUGUGAGGACUUCCUGGUCAGGAGUUUCUACCUGAAGAACCUGCAGACCAACGAGACGCGCACCGUCACGCAGUUCCACUUCCUUUCCUGGGUGGACCGCAGCAUCCCUGACUCAGCCAGGAUCAUGCUGGACUUCCGUAGAAAGGUUAACAAGUGCUACCGGGGUCGGUCUUGUCCAAUAAUUGUCCACUGCAGUGACGGAGCUGGCAGAAGCGGAACGUACAUUCUGAUUGACAUGGUCCUCAAUAGGAUGGCUAAAGGUGCUAAAGAGAUUGAUAUUGCCGCUACCCUGGAGCACUUGAGAGACCAAAGACCCGGCAUGGUCCAGACAAAGGAGCAGUUUGAGUUUGCGCUGACAGCCGUGGCGGAGGAGGUGAAUGCCAUCCUAAAAGCACUUCCACAGUGAAACCCGACACCGCAGCGCACCGCACCAUGCCAUGUCUCGCUGUCUAAACACAAGUUCCUCUGCCCACUCAAGACUGACAUCUUGUCCAUGUCCCAAAUGGCACCCUAUUCCCUACGUAGGGGGCAACAUUUUUUUUUUUUUUUACCAGGGCCUAUAAUAGGGUGC